GUGGUAAACGACCAAGAGGUUUUAUGGAGUUGAACGCAAGGCGAAAAGCUAUGAAGAAAAAGUCAUCUACACGUCAAGCUGCUCAGGAUCCUCGUAGCUCAACUCAAGUGGCUAGUUCUAGUUGUACUCCUCGGGAUGUUGGAGGAUUGGAAAAUCUGAACCCUAAUAUGCCAUCUCUUUAUGCUUAUAAUCCUCAACAAAAUGCACAAGGAGUGAUAUUUGAUCAGCAUGUUCAAAGAGUGGAUACUCCAAGCUCAAAUGGGGUAGCAUUUUAUGGUUAUAAUCCCCAAAGAAAUGUGCAAGGAUUGGUAUUAUUAAUUUGUAUAUUUUUUGUUCUUUCAUUGUCAUAUCAUGAUCUAACAUCCAGCUAUUUUUCUUUCAUUAUUGGCAAUAUUAGGGGCAAUUACAUAUAAUGGAGCAACCUCAUCCAGGUUAUACUAUCAAUCAACAAAGCAUGCAAAGGAUGAAUUUUGGAACUUUUCAGUACAGAUAAAAAGAAGGAACUAAUUUAGGAGGCUUGGGCACUUGGGUGUUGAAGAUGCAAGGAUUUUGAAAAUGCAAUCAUGGAUGCAGUACUGAUUGCCUAUUGAAAUAGAUUUUCUUUUGUUCUCAAGACUUGAUACUGUAAAGAUUAAGUGUUUGCUUAUUCCAUUGAACCAUUUAAACAUAUGAAAUGGAUGUGCCUGAACAUAGACUUCUCAGUUUUGUAUGUGCCUGAAAUGGAUGUGCUUGAACAUAUGAAAUAGAUUGCCUUUUGUGAUGGAAGACUUGUUCCUGUAAUGAUGAAGAGUUUGCUUAUUCCAUUGUAUGUGUCAAAACUUAAGACUCUUCAAGAGAUUAUACUUGUCAGUUAUGUGCCAAAACUUAACAUGUACAAAACUUGAAGCCUCUGUCAUUGUGCCUAAACUAUACAUAGAAAACAGUACACAUUUAGCCAAAUUGCAGUCGUGCCUAUAUGCAGAGUAUACUGCCAUUGGGCCUCAAACCAUACAAAUAAAAUUAUCUUUCACAGUUCACAGUAGGACUAGGAACCAAGUCCAUCCUCCAAAAACCACGUUGAUCCCUAACCAGUUCUGACCUCAGCUAAACAAUUAUCAAAAAUUUCCCCAAAUCAGAAAAAUCCUAGAAAAAUUGAAAACGCCAAAUAACUCCUUCAAUCUCGAACCACAAGCUCCCAUCCUUCCACACUCGCUUUCCUUCUCUCUCGCAGCUUCGAGACUCGACAAAUCUGCAGAUUUUUGAAGGAGCAAAACGGUUGUGUUCUUGAGAGUGGAUCGCGCUAUGCUACUUGUGACAGUGAUUGUCGUAGCCUUCGCCUGCGAGAAUGGUCUCUGAUUGUGUUGCGUCCGUCGCCGUGACCUUUGUUGUAGGUUUCGCCGGUGAGAAUGGUCGCCGAUUGUCAUGUGUCCCUAUACCGGUUGAUAAGAGGAGUUCUCUCGUUGAAAUGGAGAACAAAUUUAGAAUUUGGGAAAAAUGAUAGUUUAUCUGAGUUUUUGAGAGAAAAGGCUUAUGAUUUUAAUUUAAUAAAUAUUGGUUAAAGCU